GCGACAGAAGCCCAAGUAUGACAGACACUAUUAGCGUCAUGAUUACUUAGAAUUAAAAUUCAAAAACAAAACAAAAAAGUUAUAAAAAAAAUGUCAGGAUGGCAUCGCUGCCGUUGGCAAAUCAUAGCCACAUUGGAAAUGGGCAUUAUGAUGCUAGCACAUGGCAUAAUACUUGGUUGGUUUUCUCUGAUGUAUGUCUACCUUUCGUCCGACGACUCUCCACUUGACGAAAAGCUCACCGUCCAUCAUGGGUCUUGGAUCGGCAGCAUCCUUGGAAUAGGAAGUUUAUUUAUAAAUCUAUUUAUGGGGUUCCCCCUUGAUCACUAUGGUCGAAAGCCGAUAAUGUACUUUUUAGCUGUUCCACAUGCUAUCCAUUGGAUUCUUAUCUACUUUGGAACAAAUGUAAUAUACCAUUACAUGGCUCGGUUCUUGGCAGGAAUUUCUGGUGGCGCCGGUAUUGUUGUGUUUCCAGUAUUUGUAGCGGAAAUUUCUGACACCAACAUCCGUGGGGCCCUAGGAUCCUCGAUCAUUCUCUCAAUAAGCAUUGGAAUUCUUCUUGGCUAUAUUUUCGCUACUUUCAUUGAGUACAAAGUUCUUCCCUGCAUAGCUUUGCUUCUCCCCAUUAUAUACACAAUAUUAAUAAUAUUUCUACCCGAAACGCCAUUGUUUUUGCUAAGAUGCGGCAAGACGGAAAAGGCUGAAAAGUCCUUUUACUUUUACAAGAGCCUUUCUGUAGAAGAUCCCGAAUCUAAGAAGGAGUUUAAAGAAUUUGCGGAAGGACUUGUUUUCGAUGGGCCGGUCGAAAAAGCGACUGUCAAAGACUACUGCAACAGGGAAGCGUGGAAAGCUUACGGACUGAUCUCUUUGCUUUUGUUCACCCACCAAAUGUCGGGAAACUUUGCCAUUUUAACCUAUGCCACUACCAUUUUCGAUAAUCUUAACAGCAAAUUGGAUUCGAAUCUCUGCACCAUUAUUCUCGGGGUGGCUCAACUGCUGGGCAUGAUUCUAGCCGUAUUUGUGGCGGAUCGCGUGGGUCGACGCUUACUCCUCCUAGUCUCCUUGGGCGGUAUGGCUCUGGGGGAGCUGACCAUUGCUGGCUUAAAGUUUUUCGCAUCCAAAGAGUUUCUGAUGGAGAAUGAAUGGUGCGGACUGGCAACCAUGUGUUUUAUAAGUUUCUUCUCUUCUAUUGGUGUGGCAGCUGUAACAGUUUUAAUCGUCGUUGAGAUUUUGCCAAUUAAGAUCAUUUCGGUUGGCACUUCAAUGAGCAUGGCCCUGCUCAGUAUUUUGAUAUUUAUGACUCUAAAAAUAUAUCCUAUGAUUAUAGAAGAUCAUGGUCUGGGUGCCACUAUGAUUAUGUCCGCGACUGUAUGUAUCCUCUCGUCCAUAAUACUGGGUAUAUUUUUACCAGAGACGAGUAAUAAACAUUUUAAUAAAGUUUAAUUUUAUCAAACAGAAA